AAAAUAUGUCUAUAUACACAGCGUUGCAUAAUGUCCCAGUGUUACAAAUGGAUGAUCUCUUAUUUCAUAUCGGAUUUACGUUCAGCAGUUCUCCAGCAUAUGUUUGGUGAUAAAACCGUGAGAAAGUCAUACGGAAGAUGUUCCGAUUGUAUUUGUACAUUUACACCAAUAAUGGUUCCCCCUAUCCAAGUACCGACCUUGACAAGCAAUGUAACAGUCGAAUGUGAUGCCGUAGAGGAGAGACUGACAGAGCUCAUAUUGUGCAUCCACUGUAAAACACGAAACAAAGAAGUUAUUUACAUUCCAUGUGGACAUUUUUUAUAUUGUACAAUCUGUGACAAUCUAAAGUAUCACAGAAACUGCCCUUUGUGUCAUGCCAAAAUUUGAGCGUCAGUCCGUGAGGGGCAAUAGUUUAAAUGUGCCAUUUUGGUAUCAGUGAGUGAUACAAUUUUUUUCUUCGUAGGUUCAUACAGAUGCUUGUUUAGUCUAGACAUUCAUUCUGACUUUCAUUUUGUAUAUACAUGCAUUUUAUUCGUUAUGUACCACAAUAAUUGUGAAUGUUGAACAAUGGUGUGAACAAUUAAUGUUACUUUAUUGUCUAAAUAACCGCUUUUUAAAGAUUAUUUCAUGGCUUGGGGAGAUAUUGUGAUUGAAGUAAACGUCAGUUUGAUCAUAUUAAGAUUUGCCGCUGUUUUAUCGUGUAUGAAAGCAUUCCAGAGCCGUCUGAUACGUAUUUUGGAAGGUAUAUGUAUGUUUAGAUAAUACUAUAAUAUUAAGAGGCAUGCAUUUAUAUAAAUGUCGCAGGCCGAGAGCUAACUCGGAAAUCCAUGAAUUCAUAAAAGAGCUAUUGCUGGAAAACACGUUUUUGGACAAUUAUUUUACAUUAUUAAUCUCUUUAAGUGUUUUUGAAUUAGAUACAUGUCAAGAAAAUUGUCUCACUUGACUGGAAAACGUCAUUCUGUGUCUGUGCUUGUGACAGUGUCAUAGAAAUAUGAGAGAA